UUCAGUCCAAGAUGGCUGCCCGCUGAAGUCAGGUGGGCGUCUGCUAGUCGCUUGUUCAAAGGUUAAAAAUCGGUCCACCGGUACAUGGUCUCUCGUAGAAGGGAGAGUGGACUAGCCCCCUCCUGAGAGGGUUAUGCUGGAGACCAUGGGCUGGGUGCUGAAUGCAGUAGGUGUGGCCGUGGUGGGGAUGGUUGCAGUCAACCUCAACUUCUGGCUACCCAAACACAUCCCAGCACAGCUCGCACAUAUAGCAGAUGCUGCUCUAGAAGAGUUGGACGGCAAUAAGAGAAAGUUGCAGGCAAAAGAACUGUGGAAAAACCAUGGUGCCGUCAUCAUGGCUGUGCGCAGACCUGGAUGACAGCUGUGCAGAGAGGAGGCCCUUGGGCUGUCCUCUCUGAAGCCCCAGCUGGACCGGGCCGGCGUCCCUCUCUACGCUGUCGUGCAUGAGAGCAGGGGGGUGCCGGAGUUCCAGCCCUACUUCCAGGGGAAGGUCUUCCUGGAUCUGGAGAGAAGAUUCUACGGCCCCCAUGAGCGGUGGAUGUCCCUGGCCGGUCUGCUGAGGAUCAACUUCUGGCUCAACAUCCGCCGGGUCAUGGAGAAGAAGGUGGAGGGAAACUACGAGGGGGAGGGGCGGUUGCUAGGCGGGGUUUUCGUCGUCGGGGCCGGUGACCAGGGCAUCCUCCUGCAGCAUGCGGAGCAGGAGUUUGGUCACCAUGCCAACCUGACUGAUGUCAUCAGGGCCGUGGGGAAGAUCAGGCAUGUCAGACCCGCAGAGAAAAGCAAGAUUUAGUGUAGGAGA